CGAAAGGCAGUUGAGAUAUGGCGGGACGACAGACGUGACGCCAUUUCUACCUAGUUCAUCUCGUGGAAGACUUGGGUCGGAGCCGAUUGCACAUUCAGUGCGUUUUUUGCCGUUCGGUUAAAAACAACCGUCAAAAUUAGAAAGUACAAGAUGGGCACCAGAGUGUUUGUGGGAGGCCUGACGUACAGAGUCCGCGAACGGGACAUUGAAAAGUUCUUCCGCAAGUAUGGCAGAAUAAAGGAGGUCGCAAUGAAGAACGGGUUCGCGUUCGUCGAAUUUGACGACUACAGGGACGCCGACGAUGCAGUUUACGAGCUGAACGGCAAGGAAUUGCUCGGCGAAAGGGUUUCGGUGGAGAGAGCCAGGGGUACGCCGCGGGGCAGCGACCAAUGGCGAGGCAAUGGGGGCGGCGGUGGUCGCAGUUAUGGUCCACCACGUGGCAGAAGCCGUGAUAAAUAUGGUCCACCAACAAGAACAGAAUACAGAUUGAUUGUGGAAAAUCUUUCCAGUCGUGUCAGUUGGCAGGACCUUAAAGAUUACAUGCGACAAGCAGGAGAAGUGACAUAUGCUGAUGCGCACAAACAAAGGCGCAAUGAAGGAGUUGUUGAAUUCGCAUCCUAUUCGGAUAUGAAAAAUGCUAUAGAAAAACUAGACGAUACAGACUUAAAUGGACGCCACAUCCACCUGCGUGAAGACAGGAGGGGCGGAAGGGGCGGUGCCAGACGUUCCAGGUCUUCCAGUUCCAGAUCAAGGUCCAGAUCCCGCCGUCGUUCCAGAUCUCAUUCUAGAUCUAGGAGCAGUAGGAGGUCCAGGUCGCACAGGUCUAGUCGUUCCAAGAGCAGGGAGCCCUCAAAGAGUCCGCACCCCUCAAAGUCACGUUCUAAGUCAAAAGAAGACUCCAAGAGUCGAUCAAGAUCAAAAUCUAGAUCUCCAGAUGAUAAACCUAGAUCUCGUUCGAGAUCGACAAGUCGAUCACCACAUCAAGAAGAAAACUUAGAUUAAGUGUAUAUUGAGAUAUAUUGAUAUUCUAAAUUAUUUAUAUAUUUUUUUAUUUUUAAUGUUUUGUUGUGUUACUACGUUGUUUAGUCCACUCAGUUUAUGGUGGUACUUUAAUGUCGUGAUACCUUCUGGAUGAAGAUUGAGUUUUUUUGCCAGGAAAUAUUUUUCCUAUGAUGUUUUAAACUGGAUUAUUUUUUUGUUUAAGCGGGUUUUAGUAGUUUGUAUUUCAAAGUUCACAAAUGCCUAAUAGGGACGUAUUCUCUAUUUAAUAGAAUUAUUAUUUGAUUUGUACACUGCUUUGGGAAAUGAGUUAUUUCCGGAGCGUUACCUGAUGUGACUUUUGAUUGAACUUUUAUAUUUUUUUAGAAUUUCUGUGACCAAAUAUUUAAUAAAAUAUAUAACGUAAAUAA